AUGCCGGCAGCAAAGUGGAACAGAAGACCCACUCAUGAUACAGGUCACCUACCGUCCCUGGAUGUAUACCAAGACCUCUACAAACAUUUCCAUGCGCACCCGGAGCUAUCCCACCUCGAGUCCGAAACGGCAGCGCGGGUGACCGAAGAGCUCCGGUCGCUAGGCAGCUACGACAUCUUCACGAACAUCGGGGAGACGCACGGGGUGGCGGCGGUCCUGAAGAAUGGCGAGGGGGCGACGGUCCUGCUGCGAGCGGACAUGGAUGGGCUGCCGGUGGAGGAGAAGACGGGAUUGGAGUACGCAAGCAAGACGCGCAUGAGGGAUUCCGAAGGCGUGGAACGCCCGACGAUGCAUGCAUGCGGCCAUGAUAUGCAUAUCACGAGUUUGUUGGCGACAGCGAAGUUGAUGUUGGACGCCAAGAAAGCGUGGAGGGGCACGCUCAUAUUGUGCUUCCAACCAGCGGAAGAGAAGGGCGCUGGCGCAAAGGCUAUGGUGGAGGGGAAUGGGGGGCUGUAUACCAAAGUUCCCAUCCCGGAUGUGGUGCUGGGGGCGCAUGUGAUGCCUGGACGAGCUGGAAGCUUAGAAACAAAACGCGGACUGGUGGCCAGCGCUGCCGACUCCUUUCGAGUCACGCUUCACGGCCGAUCCGGCCAUGGUUCCCAGCCUCAUCGAACGAUCGACCCGAUUGUGAUGGCCGCCUCGACGGUGCUACGACUCCAGACCAUUGUCUCCCGGGAAGUGGAUCCAUAUAAUUGCCCCGCAGUAGUUACGGUCGGCUCGAUCCACGCAGGCGACGCAGAAAAUAUCAUCCCGGAGCACGCGGAGAUCAAGCUCAACAUCCGUACGCUUGACCCGGAGACUCGCGCGCAUGUCCUCGAGGGGACACGACGAAUCAUCAACGCCGAAGCCAUGGCCAGCAACGCGCCGCAGGAACCGGAAUUGGAAUCGCUCAGUAACUUCCCGUUCCUCAACAAUGACGACGAGGUCACCACGGGCAUCGAGACGACGUUUGCCGGCAUCUUUCCAGGAAGGCCGCACGGUUAUAGCUCCGACGGUCCGCGGCUCGGAGGGAGUGAAGAUUUCGGGAUUCUCGCGACGUCCGUCAAUAGACCAUCAUGCUUCUGGACGUACGGGGGGACGGAUCCCGCAGUAUGGGACGAAAAAGAGAAAGAAGGCAAGCUCAAGGAGAUUCCUAUCAACCAUAGUUCGUAUUUCGCGCCGGUCAUCAUGCCGACAUUAAAAGUUGCGAUCGAAGGCCUGGCGGGAGGGGCAUUGACAUGGCUGGCAACCUAGACGCGGCAUAUAUGGUAGUGUGCUAUGAGCCUCCGCUCUGGUCGUUCCCGUAAACCCAGGGCGGCGGCUCAUAACUCUGGAGCGGAAUGAAUGGCAUGUCAGGCAUCGUGUUGUUACUGUUCCAUAACCCUUGGAUGUCAUCGUCGUUCCUGAGAAUCGAAUGGUCCCAGUCCUCCUAUACGUUGGAAAACGAUCAGCAAUGCGAAAUAUCCAGGUGUUGGUGUGGAGCCACGAACCCAUCUCAUGUCCAUAUUGACAUCGAACAUGCCUCCAAUAGGGUCGUAACCGCCAUUUUGAUUGAGCAUGCUUGCGUCGGCCUCGGCGGUCGAGAACAGGAGAUCAUCAGCAGCUGGAGCGGCGAACGGUGGGAUGGCAUCUCCCGUUCCCCCUGCGGGCGAAGCGAAAAAGGGGAGUUGCACUAGGGCAGUCAGUGAUCCUAACCUC